ACAAGGAGGAGAUCGAAGAAGAAGACAUGGAAAACGAUGCUGCUGCUGCUAACUAGCAUCUCACGAUGAGCAGCAGAAGUUCACAGCGUCAUGUUUAACUCCGGUUGAACCGCUCAUAGACAUUGUGAGUGCAACACAACCAGCUCUCCUGUCAAACCUGACACAGGUGACAUCAGACCCAUGGCAGCUUCACAGUCUGCUAUAACAUUGGCCGUGUGCAUCCUCAUGAUAACAGAGAUCAUACUUGCCAAGAAGGACUACUAUGAUAUACUGGGAGUCCCCAAAGACGCCACUGAGAGACAGAUAAAAAAGGCCUUCCACAGGCUUGCAAUGAAAUAUCACCCCGAUAAGAACAAGCGCCCGGACGCGGAAGUUACAUUUAGGGAGAUUGCUGAAGCUUAUGAAACUUUAUCAGAUGAAACCAGAAGAAGAGACUAUAACCCAUUUGGCGACACCUCUGCCUACUUCACCGGGGAGACUCGACGCAGACACAGAGAAGGAGCCCACCAGCCUUUCAGCUUUGAUGACAUAUUCAAAGACUCUGACAUAUACAGCCAGAACAGACACGCCCGUCACCGACGACACUUUGAUGAGCACUCCAGGUCCCACAAGGAGUCCCACAGCAGACACAAGAGACACUCUCAAGGAGGCUUUGGAGCAGGAGGUAUCUUUGAUGACAUGUUUGAAGACAUAGAGAGAAUGUUUACUUUUGACAGACACAACAAGCAGUCUGAAAACCGGUUUCAUGGUGCAUCAAAACAACACUGCAGAACAGUGACGCAACGCAGAGGAAACAUGGUGACCACGUACACAGACUGCACUGCACCUUGAGCAACAAAGUAAAGUGAUACAUGACCUAAAAUUGCCUUACAGGAAUGCAAUACUGUUGCAUUGAUUAGGUCACUGAAAGCCACUUGGUUCAGGUACUGUGACGUUUGAGCUGACGAUCCGGCACAGAAUGAAUGAAAAGCACUGACUAACCAGUUUAACACGCUUUGGUCCAAAUUUAAAUAAGCUUCCUUUGGCGUUAGGCUAUUUCCUGUGUGCCCCUGAACUUUGAAAUGAUUGUGGUACUUUUUCAGUUCUUGUUGAAGUAACCUCUACUUCAAGUAUCUUCUUUUGAUAGUUGAACUUCAAAACAUUGUUUAUUUUACUGUUUUAAUACAUAAAACAGUCCAGGUGCACAAACAUGUGUGUUGUUCUCACGUAGCUCACCCACCAAUCAGUUUUUGUAGAGUUUUUGGUUUCUUUUGUGUGGGUUCUGCUAUUGUUAGUCUCAAAUCACAGCUGAUGGCAGAGACAAUAGCUUCUAGCAGAGUUUUGCUUAUGGUUGUGAAAUGGGGAGCAAUGUCAACAACAACCUGGGACCCUGCACAUGUUGCUGUGUUCAGUCUGUGUUUUAGGAUUUGGUCUACAUCUUGUUGGAACACAUUACUCAAGAGGGCCAGUCUAACUUUUGAACACCAUGUAUUAUUGUAUAAUUAUAAAGAAUUAUAAAUAUCCCCAAAUCGUAAGAUAUAAUUAGGGAAGAGAAGUUACGUGUAUACAGAAAUGUCGGAGAAUUCAGUGGAUAUGGCCCAGACAGACCUGCAAUUCAAUUCAAAGUGUGAAGCUUCAAAUGUUGUAUUUUGGCGAAUUUUUUUUAGCGAGUUUUAAAAUCAACUUGAAUGUAAUGUUUCAGACCAAUGUGUUGGAUUAUUCUAGAGAAGUGUUGUCUAUAAUUUUCAAUAUAACCCAAGCUGAUAGUAAAGAACCACAAAAGCUGUAAAUUCAAAUAUAAUCAGAGAGAAUAACACUAAUCUGAGAAAAUUAGCAAAUUUCAUUCAAAUUCUGCAUGGAUACUAAUUCUUGUUAACCUGCAUUAAUUGCUAAAUUCCAUCUGUUGAAUAACGGAAAUAUUAUGCACAUCUUGUAAAAACAAAAAACCUUUUGAUGGGUGAUGGAGGAACAAAACAUCACAAAACGUUUGUAAAACAGACGUCUUGAGGUGUGGAAAAUGUCCACACCUCAAGCUCCUGUUUUAUUGAUUUAUUUGCCACUAUAAAUCCUCCGUCUCCAUAUGUUGUCAUUAUUUUUUCAAAGUACUUCUCUGUCACAUUAUGAGGGUUUAGUUGUUGUUUGAUAGAACAACAACAUAUAAUGUGGCCCCUGCUGAGCUCUGUUGUCUUAUAACUAUUCAUACAUGUUGGACAUCAAAAUGCUGCUUGCCAAAUUAACCGCUACAAGUCGGCUUGAUACUUUAUUUUGUGUACGGCUGAGUGUCGAGGGAUAUCUUUACCAAGGCCACCUUUUUAGUACAGUAAAGUCACAGGUUUAAUUUCUACAUUUAACUUAACCUGCUCUUUACUUUAAAAAUGUCAUGAAACUGAACCACAACUCUUAAAAUGUAGGUAUUGAGCCACUUAAACUGUAAAGCAGAGUAUGCACCUGGGGUUUUGGGACUCAUUAAUCAGCAGAUUUUGUAUUUUCAAAAAAAGUUUAAGACUGUGCAGUGUUGAAUACAGCUGUCCAUUUUAAUUGCAUUUGGUAUUUUGCAGUGUAAAAUAUGUAUGUUUAGAUUAAGAUCAAGUGUUAAGAACGCUGCAGUGCAAAGCUGAAGAAAUACUUAUAAACAGUAUAUGUGCCAAAAUGAAUUGAUGCUCUGCACAUGAUGAAACACUCAAUACAUUCACAUUUCCCAUCACUUGUGUUACCUCAGUCACGGAACAUGCUCCUUUGACAUUGUGCUGUGAAAUAUUUAUUUCUUAUAUUCAUAUCGUUGUUGUAAAAUGUCCAAUAGCACUUUACAUUUCCAGUUUUAUGUUUGUUUUUCAAAGAAUGUGUUUCUAGAAAUAAAAUGUGGAGAACAAAUUGAGA